AUGGCAUCGAUCUCAACUGCUGCUGAGGCAGUGGCGAGAAUCGCCUACUUAACAAGCGACCUUGUUCUUUCCGUGCAGCCUUCUCUGCAGACGGAUUCCUUGUUCUCCAAGACUCUGAAGGCCCUCAAGGCAAAUAAGACAACCGGUAUUCUGUCACGGGGCAUUCCAGAAGUGCAAGCUAUCCGUUACAAUGAAGACCCUCUUCUGUCUGUCUUCUAUCCUCUGCAAAACGGCCAUAUCGUGUCUGUGGUGACCGGCUCCUCUAUUUUGCUCACCGCUGUCCCUCACCUCUACCGUCUUGCCAACCUCCCCGUUGUCAUUCAUGUCGCCCUGGAGCCUUCUUCUUCGCCAGACUACUCAGUGAUUAGCUCAAUCCGGCAGUGUGGUUUCACCUUCCUUCACUCAGAGACUGUACAAGAGGCCCAGGAUAUUGCUCUCACUGCCCGUGCCCUUGCUUCAAAGUCCGGAAAAGGUGUCAUUCACUUUUUUGAUCCUACCAACUCUGCCAAGGAUGUCGCCAUCAACACUGAGGACUCUGAGCUUGUGAAGAAGAUCAUCAAUCUGUCUGGAAAUGUUGCUUCCCACGCUACCGGUUCUGAGACGCUGUAUACGGACUCUGGUAGCACUCCUACUGUGUCUGCUGAGGGAGUGGAUAUUUCUCCUGCUGGUCAGGGAGUUACUGCUGCCAGCUUGGGUGUUCCUUCUCAGACUCAAACUCCGUCAAAUGUUAGCGUUGAUAACUCCUCCGUUGGCUCCUCUCGCCGCGACAGCAGCGCUGGCAGCGAGGCCGCAAGCUCCACCGCCACAACCGUGGAUGCCUCUAGUGUUCGACCUGUCAACUCUGCCGAUAUCUUUGAGUGGACCUCGCAGAUUUGGAGUGCUCUGUCAAAGGAGACUGGUCGUUCCUACCGUGCAAUUGAAUAUACUGGCCCCACGGAGGCCAAGGCUGCUGUCUUCAUUUUUGGUUCUACCGGUGUCUUUGUAGACGCUCUAUCCAAGGCUGAGCCCAACAGUGAACUCGAGAACAUUGGUCUUAUCACUGCUCGUGUGUACCGCCCAUGGGUUGGUGCUCAGAUUGUGAGCUCGAUCCCUAGCUCAAUUGAAAAGAUUGCUGUUCUGGAGCAAGUUCGCAAGACGACAAAGUGGGGCCCAUCGUUCAUGGACCUGCUUUCUAGCAUUACCCCCACUCGGGGCUCUUCUCUCAAGGUUGUUGGGUACCGCCUCGGAUACGUUGAGCCUUCUACCGCGGUUCAGGCUCUUCGUGGCAUUGUGCAGAACCUGCAGGCUCCUUCUCCCAUCCAGAACUUGGAUAUCGGUAGUUCCAAUGUUCCCACUGUUGAAGGAUCUCUGGAGCAGCCUCGCAUUGAGAACGCUUAUAUCAAGAUACUAAACCAGCUAUUUGGUGAGCGCCUCUAUAUUGCCAACCAGCUCGGUGCGAAAAACGCUGGUGUUUCUUCUACGAUUGCUGCCAGCCCUGAGUAUGGAUUUGGCUCUCUGAUUGCGCGUAAAGAGCACCGUGAACGCUUCAUUCAGGAGGUUGAGAAUGCCUCUAAGUCUACCACCUUCGCGACUGAUGUUCCCAAGACUUGGUUGUCUCGCUGGGCCUUGGGUGCUAAGGAGGCUGCAAAGGCCAACAAGCUCGCCCCUGAAGUUAUUGCUCGUCUCUCCAACGAUGGCUCUAAGCUAUCCCGCCAGCUGCUUGAGUCAAAGAAGCUUUUCUACAAUGAGUCCCAAUGGCUUAUUGGUUCCGAUGCCUGGGCCUAUGAUCUUGGCAACUCCGGUGUUCAUCAUGUUCUUGCAUCUGGGGCUAAUGUGAACAUGUUGAUCAUUGACUCCCAGCCCUACUCCGAGCGCAUUGCCUCUGACCCUACCCGCCGCAAGAAGGACAUUGGUCUCUACGCGAUGAACUUCGGCAAUGCUUAUGUUGCCUCAACCGCAGUAUACAGCUCGUAUACUCAGGUGCUUCAGGCUAUGGCUGAGGCCGAGCAGUUCAAGGGCCCGUCUGUGGUUGUUGCCUAUCUUCCAUACAACCAGGAGGAUGAUUCUGCCCUUACAGUGCUCCAGGAGACCAAGAAGGCUGUUGACCUUGGCUACUGGCCUCUUUACCGCUGGAACCCCGAGAACGAGGAGAAGGGCGAGCCCAAAUUCUCCCUUGACUCUGAGCGCAUCAAGCGCGAGCUGGAAGAGUUCCUUCGCCGAGACAACCAGCUUACCCAGCUCAUGAAUCGUCAGCCUAAAUUCUCAUCUGUGCUGUCUGAAUCCUACGGCACCGAAGUCCGUGCACUGCAAAAGCGCAAGGCCAAGCAAUCUUACGAAAAGCUUUUGGAUGGUCUCUUUGGUGCCCCUCUCACCGUCCUUUUUGCUUCCGAUGGUGGCAAUGCCCAGAACAUCGCUAAGCGUCUUGGUAAUCGUGGCCGUGCCAGAGGUCUGAAGACUAUGGUCAUUGCCAUGGAUGAGUAUCCUAUUGAGGACCUGCCGACCGAGGAAAACGUGGUAUUCAUUACUAGCACUGCUGGUCAGGGUGAAUUCCCCGUCAACGGCCGUAGUCUUUGGGAGCACGUGAAGAAUUCUGGAGACUUUGAUCUGUCUUCUAUCAAUUAUUCCGUCUUCGGCCUCGGCGAUAGCCACUACUGGCCCCGAAAGGAGGAUAGGAUCUACUACAACAAGCCCGCCAAGGACCUCGAUGCUCGUGUUGCUUUCCUGGGUGGCCGCAAGCUCACCGAUAUUGGUCUUGGUGAUGACCAGGAUCCCGAUGCUUACCAGACCGGCUAUUCCGAAUGGGAGCCACGUCUGUGGCAGGCUCUGGGCGUCGACAAGGUCGAGGGUCUCCCUGAGGAGCCUGCGCCCAUGACCAACGAGGAUAUCAAGAUUCAGUCUAACUUCCUACGCGGGACCAUCGCGGAGGGUCUGCUAGAUGAAUCUACUGGCGCCAUUUCCGCCAGCGAUCAGCAGCUGACUAAGUUCCACGGCACUUACAUGCAGGAUGAUCGUGAUCUUCGCGACGAGCGCAAGGCUCAAGGUCUUGAGCCCGCCUACAGCUUCAUGAUUCGUUGCCGUCUCCCCGGUGGUGUUGCUACCCCCACUCAGUGGCUGCAGAUGGACGCUAUCAGCAGCUCGCACGGAAACGAGACCAUGAAGCUCACCACCCGUCAAACCUUCCAGUUCCACGGCGUUAUCAAGCGCAACCUCCGCGGUGCUAUGCGUGCUAUCAACCAGUCUCUGAUGGACACUAUUGCUGCGUGUGGUGAUGUGAACCGCAACGUUAUGUGCAGUUCUCUCCCAGAACUCUCUGACUUCCAUCGUGAGACAUGGGUCUUCUCUAAGAAGAUCAGCGAACACCUUUUGCCUUCAACCACUGCCUACCACGAGAUCUGGCUGAAGGACGAGAAUGACAAGAAGGUUCAGGUUGCUGGUGAUGCCGUUGUGGAUCAUGAGCCUCUCUAUGGUCCCACCUAUCUUCCUCGCAAGUUCAAGAUCACCAUCGCCAUUCCACCCCACAACGACACCGAUGUCUAUGCUCAUGACAUCGGAUUGAUUGCCAUUAAGGGUGCUGAUGGCCACCUUGAAGGCUUCAACGUCCUCGCUGGUGGUGGUAUGGGUACUACCCACAACAACAAGAAGACCUACCCCCAGACUGGCCGUAUGCUUGGUUUCUUCCCCGCGGAAACCAUUCACAUUGCCUGCGAGAAGAUCAUGCUUGUGCAGCGCGACCACGGUGACCGCAAGAACCGUAAGCACGCCCGUCUGAAGUAUACUAUUGAUGACAUGGGCGUCGAUGUCUUCCGCGGCAAGGUUGAAGCGCUUCUCCCCGAGGGCCAGCGCUUCGCUGAACCCCGGCCGUUCAAGUUCGUCUCCAACGUCGACACCUUCGGCUGGCAGAAGGACGAAAAGGGCAUGAACCAUUUCACCUUCUUCAUCGAGAACGGUCGCAUUGAGGACACUGCCGAAUUUGCUAUGCGCACUGGCCUCCGGGAGGUGGCUUCGCUCAACAAGGGCGAGUUCCGCCUCACUGGCAACCAGCACUUGAUCAUGUCCAACGUCACUGACGAAGACCUGCCCAUCGUCAAGGAGGUUAUGGCUAAGUACAAGCUUGAUAACACCAACUUCUCUGGACUGCGUCUGUCGUCUUCUGCCUGUGUUGCCUUCCCGACCUGCGGUCUCGCCAUGGCCGAGUCGGAGCGUUACCUGCCCGUCCUGAUUUCCAAGCUGGAGUCUACCCUGGAGGAGAAUGGCCUGGCCCGUGACAGCAUUGUUAUGCGUAUGACUGGCUGUCCCAACGGUUGUGCCCGGCCGUGGCUUGCUGAGGUUGCUUUCGUCGGCAAGGCUUACGGUGCUUACAACAUGUACCUGGGUGGUGGCUACCACGGCCAGCGCCUGAACAAGCUCUACCGCUCUUCUAUCAAGGAGGACGAGAUUCUGGAGAUUAUGAAGGGUCUCCUCAAGCGCUACGCCCAGGAGCGCAACACUGAUGGCGAGACUCCUGAGCGUUUCGGUGACUUCUGCAUCCGUGUUGGUGUGAUCAAGGCCACUACUGAUGGUCAAAAUUUCCACGAAGGCGUCGCCGAAGAGGAUGAGGAUGAGGAGUAA